AUGGAAGAAUGCUGUGACAAGGGUAUUGAAUGGGCAAAUAAAAACAGAAUAUGUACUUCCCUACCGUUAAUAUCCGAGGCCAGAGAAUGCAGCAUGACUCAGAUACAGUGCUGCCACAGCGAGCUGGAGAAGCAGUAUUGUUCAGAUGGGACUGAAUUUGCCAACCUGCGUGAGGAGUGUGACUCACAUAUUGUUGAAAAUUCCACCUGUGAAGCUGAAUACUUUAAGAUAUGUUGUUACUGUUGUUUGCUGGGAAAGGCUGCCCAAAUUCAAGGACAGAGUUGUGAACCCAACCCAAAGACAGGAUACCAGUGUGGAAUUGUCUUCAGAGCUUGCUGUGUGAAGGGUCAAGAAGGCAUUGAUGUGUCCAUCAGCGAUGAUGCUCCUAAAAAGGAGCAAGUUGAAAUUUCAAAGGAGGAACUAGACCAAGAAGAUCCUUAUCUGCAUGAUGGCUGCAGAGGUGGUGGUCCCUGCUCUCAGCAGUGCAGAGACACAGGAUCCAGUUAUGUCUGCUCCUGCUUUGUUGGCUAUCAGCUUCAACCAGAUGGUGUCAACUGUGAAGAUAUUAAUGAGUGUAUCACUGGGACACACAGCUGUGGGAUUGGACAAACUUGUGUCAAUACAUUAGGAUCCUUUCGCUGUCAGCGGGACACGAGCUGUGGAACUGGUUAUGAACUGACGGAUGACAGUCGUUGCAAAGAUAUUGACGAAUGUGAGACUGGUACUCAUAACUGCCCCCCCGAUUUUAUCUGUCAGAAUACUCCCGGAUCUUUCCGUUGCCGACCCAAGCUACAGUGCAUGAAUGGGUUUAUACAAGAUGCACUAGGCAACUGUAUUGAUAUCAACGAAUGCCUGAGCACCAACAUGCCAUGCCCAGCUGGGCAGAUGUGUAUUAACACUGAUGGCUCGUAUACCUGCCAGCGAAUCUCACCCAGCUGUGGCCGAGGUUAUCACCUCAAUGAAGAUGGAACAAGAUGCGUAGAUGUGGAUGAGUGCUCAUCCUCUAAUCAGCCUUGUGGAGAAGGACAUGUUUGUAUAAACGCCCCAGGCAAUUACCGUUGUGAGUGCAAAUCUGGCUAUUCUUUUGAUGUCAUCAGUAGAACUUGUAUUGAUAUCAAUGAAUGCAGACGCUAUCCAGGCCGCCUGUGUGCUCACAAGUGUGAGAAUACUCCUGGUUCCUAUUACUGCACUUGUACCAUGGGAUUCAAACUUUCAACUGAUGGCAGGUCAUGUGAAGAUGUAAAUGAGUGUGAAAGCAGCCCCUGUAGUCAAGAGUGUGCCAAUGUGUAUGGCUCCUACCAGUGUUACUGCCGCCGUGGCUUUCAACUUAGUGACAUAGAUGGGAUUUCAUGUGAAGAUAUUGAUGAAUGUGCUUUACCUACUGGAGGGCAUAUCUGUUCCUUUCGAUGUAUUAAUAUUCCUGGAAGCUUUCAAUGUACUUGUCCUUCCACUGGUUACAGGUUGGCACCCAACGCACGCAGCUGCCAAGAUAUUGAUGAAUGUGUUGCAGAAAGCCACAACUGCUCUUUCAAUGAGACCUGCUUUAAUAUCCAAGGGGGCUUUCGCUGUCUGUCUUUGGAAUGUCCAGAAAAUUACCGCAAGUCAGGAGAUACACUUGAAAAGACAGAUACUAUCCGUUGCAUUAAGUCUUGUCGACCAAAUGAUGUCAACUGUGUCUUGGAUCCAGUCCACACAAUUUCCCACACUGUCAUUUCACUGCCCACGUUCAGAGAAUUGACAAGACCUGAAGAGAUUAUUUUUCUUCGUGCCAUCACACCUACAUAUCCGGCCAACCAGGCAGAUAUCAUAUUUGACAUAACAGAAGGAAAUUUAAGAGAUUCCUUUGAUAUCAUCAAGCGUUACAUGGACGGUAUGACAGUGGGUGUAGUUCGCCAGGUGAGGCCCAUUGUUGGACCUUUCCAUGCCAUCCUGAAACUGGAGAUGAACUACGUCAUGGGUGGAGUUGUAUCUCAUCGUAACAUUGUCAAUGUUCACAUCUUUGUCUCCAAGUACUGGUUCUGA